CACCUUUAAUAAAAAAAACAAGGUUUAAAAAGCCCCAAGAAAAACAUCUCCUUAGAAGCAAAUGGCGGACCAGCAAACAGUGGAUACUCCAUCGACGGGGACCCUACAAUCGCCGCCGCAACAACCACCGCAAACUCCGCCAUUUCAGGUGGGGAAGGAUGAAAUGUUACAGUGCGUCACCGCCUUAGAGGCUGCUCUCCUCCCCUGCUUACCCGCUCGUGAACUCCAAGCUAUUGAUCGUUCCCCUCAUCCUUCUCAUCAGAUUGAUGUGGAAAGACAUGCAAGAGACUUCAUGGAGGCUGCUAAAAGGCUUCAAUUGUAUUUUAUCAGUCUGCAACGUGAGGAGCAACCUACCAAGGCCGAAAUGCUUCAGAAGGAAAUUUCUGUCAUGGAAGAAGAGUUGAAUGUCAAAACAGAGCUUAUUAAGAAACAAGAACAGCUGAUUCAAGGAUGGAAGAAAGAGUUGAGAGAGCAACUUGACAAGCACAAGUCAGAGCUGGAGAAAGUUUAACUUACAGUAGUAGCUUUUCCAUCCUGACGUAACAUUAUUAGUUAAUACACUAAAAGAAAGCUAAUUGAAUUUGUAUCUCUUGAAGAUGGUUAGUGUUAGAAAAUUGCCUCUACUAGUUUCAACUUUUGAGUGGCAGCCAGAUUACAUACAUGUAACCCAGUAGUCUGUACUCUGUAGACCAUUCACUGAACGGUUUGGAGACCAUGACAGGUUCUAUUGUGGAAAACUCCCAAUACGAUUCAAACUUUCAAA